AUUAUUUCAAUGUAAAAUUCGAUGUACUCGUAUCCAGAGCCGUAAAACAUUUAUAAAAAAAAAAGUAAAAUUCGGCGGUGAAGUAUAAACAAUAACAUGUAAAAGUCACGAAGUGAUAAUCUACCUUAUUCUAAUAGAUAUUUAUCGUGAAAAUUACCAGUAAAAAUUUCUGUUCUUAAUUUUUAUAUUUUAUGUUAUAUAUCAGUUUAUCAUCAUAAAAAACAAUGCGCAACGUAGAAAUAAAAGCCGUUGUACAUGAUAUGGAAAAAAUCUGUAAGAUCGCUGAAGAACUUAGCGGUGGCAAACCAGAAAUAAUACAUCAGGAUGAUACAUUCUAUAAAACGAAUAAUGGUAGAUUAAAGAUGAGAAUAUACGCUGAUAACUCAGCCACACUUGUUAGAUACAGCCGAAGCGACGUGUCGGGUCCGAAGUUGAGUGAUUACGAUCUUCUACAAUUUUCUAAUAGCGAAUCAGAAAAAGUUAAACAAUUGGACGAUAUCCUGAAAAAGUGUAUGGGAGCUAAAGGGAGAGUUAUAAAAGAGCGCAAACUCUACAUGGUAGGACAGACUCGUGUCCAUAUAGACAAAGUCGAGGAAUUGGGUGAGUUCAUGGAGUUGGAAGUAGUUCUACGUCCAGAACAAACACUCGAGGAGGGUCAGGAUAUAGCCAAAGACAUACAAAUGAAGCUCGGUGUGAAAGAUGAAGAUUUAAUACAAUGUGCAUAUGUUGAUUUGUUGGAAAAUAAAUCUGUUUAGAUAUUAAAGACUAUUUUGAUAAUUUUUUUUUAAAUUAUAACUAAUAGUAAGUGUAAUAAAACUUAAAUUAUAAUUAUUACAACUUUUAAAUAAAAAUUAAAUCAUUUAAUGAA